CCCAAUUUAACUGUAUAAGUGUCAGAUUACAAAAUGUUCAUAUACAUAAUUCUGUAAUGGUCAUUUUAAAGUUGCUGACAAACAAUCUGUUUUGAUGUUUAGGUAGGAUGAGCUGUGUGUUAGUGAGUGACCAGAGAAGAGAUCUGAUGGUUUAUGCACAAAUAAAUGAAAACCAUGAUGUUAAACACUGACAGUAAACUGAAAAUAUAAAGGACCAAGAAUAUAACCCUGAGGAACGCCGCAAGUGAUUAUUGACUCUGUCAAUGUGAUGAUCAUGUUGCUGUGUGUCUGCUGGAUGUGGAAGUAGACGGCUGUUUGAGCUCAUGUUAGACACAUGCCACUACUUUAUAGAUGACUGGACUGUUUCCCCCUCUGAUGUUACUGAGAAUUCAAAAUAUUGAUUACCAAUACCAAAGGUUUUAUCAUGAUUUAUGAAGAUUCAGAAGAGGAAGAUUAGCAUUUAGCGACUAACACAAAACCAUGCUAACCUCUGAUGGCAGACAGAUGUGUGUAUCAAGGUGUCUGCAAUGUGUCGGCGUCUCUCUGGUUCCCAUGGCAAUCGUCUGCAUGCUGUCCAACAUCCUGCUGCUGCUUCCUGAACUGAAGAUCCACUUCCUGUUGGAGGGUCACGUGACCAGAGAGGCCACCUGGGCCACGGGCCUGUGGGGUUCUGGCUUCCUGGUUCUGCUCGGCGCUCGAGCGUUUGUGCUGAGCAGCAAAACCAGAGGCUGCUGUGCUUUCAGAAGUGAGAUGUUGUGUCAGAUGGUGUACUCCUGUGUGUGUCUGCUGGCUGCUGGGAUCUGCUGUCUGGUCAGUGCCACCGGUCUCUCUCAGGGUCCUCUCUGUUUGUACAACUCCACCUCCGGUUCGACCUGGGGGGUCCCGCUACAGCCCCUUCCAAACCGUCAUGCAGGCUAUCUCUACAACAGGACCAUGUGGUCUGGAGUGUGUCUGGAGCCCAGAGGUGUGGUUCCAUGGAACGUAGUUCUGUUCAGUGUGAUGGGUGGCUCCAGCGGGCUGCAGACUCUCCUCUGUGGAGCCAACAUCCUCAACUCACUGCUGGGACUGAUCCUGGGACAGGGCUUUUGCCACAACAAGGUCAUUCCAGUUUCAGUUUGACAGGCCGUCAUGGAUCCUGAAUGAGGAUACCAGCUGUGACAAAACUCUUCACAAUCAACACUGAAGGCGUCACUUUGGGCUCUGGGUCGUCGUGACGGCGUU